UCAUUGAUUCGACUGCGGAAUGAGUUAUUUUGGGUUGAUUCUGGCAUGGAAAAAUUUUAGUUCUGCAGUAGUUUUAUAGAUUAUUGAAUUGUCCAAUAUUUGUGCCGGUGAACUAUACAAGGAAUCGGACGAGUUGAAAUUGUAACUGGAAGCGUUUAAUAUCAUCAACUUCGAAGCCGGCUCACAUCGAAUCAAUCGUCUUCCAAAUCCAUUCUCUAGGUGAUAUAAAAUCAAUUGGGUUGUUUCCUUCACAAAAUGGCCGAUCAGGACGCAAACGGGUACAACGAUGAGGCAAGUGAUUUCAAACGUAAGAAUAAUAGCAAAACUAUGGACGACACGGAUGAUGUGGACGACGAGCGAGAUAACCCGCAGAACCAGAAAGCCCAAGAAUACAUCAAGGGAAUGAUUGCGGAGCGUAUUGCCAUCGAAAAGAAAUAUCCGAUUGCGGACCGGCUGCUUGAAGUUGAAAUUGAAAACGUUCAGAAAACGGGUAAGCCGCCAGCCCGUCGCUACAUUGAUAUCUACCGUGAGAAACACAUUAAAGUUACCGUGAAAGUUUUAGUUCCGAUCAGAGAACAUCCACGGUUUAACUUUGUUGGUAAACUACUCGGCCCGAAAGGAAACACGUUAAAGCGGUUACAGGAGGACACACUGUGCAAAAUGGCAAUUCUUGGACGAGGUUCAAUGAAGGAUCGUAAAAAAGAGGAGGAACUGCGUAGUGCGAUGGAUCCCAAGUAUGCCCAUCUCAAUGAUGAUCUGCACGUCGAGGUGAACGCAAAUGGCCCACCAGCAGAGGUACAUGCUCGGAUUGCCUACGCCUUGGCGGAACUGCGCAAAUAUCUGAUCCCGGACAGCAACGACUUCAUCCGCCAGGAGCAGAUGCGUGAACUGAUGGAAGAUACAGAAGCUGAAAUACCACCAAAAAAGACGUUCAAAAAACCGAUGAUGCAAAUGGAGGCACCACCGCCACCAACGAUGUCCGCAGCGCGACCCCUACCUGCCCCGAAAAAGGUUCUUUCCAUUUUGGACAAAGCACGGGCCGCCAUGGAAGACACGCACGCACCGAGGCCCGUCGCUACCCAACAUUACGAAGAACCGGUUUACGAGAGUUAUGAGCCAGGUUAUACGUAUCACCAACCCGGUCCGCCGGCACCUCGCCCGAAAUAUGUUCCGGAAACACCGGAAUACGAACAAGAGUACCGCCGUGAGUACUAUCGAGAACCGGCACCCUAUGCAGCUGCACCGAAACCGGUUCCCACCACCGCUGGUGCUCGCCCCUGGAAACCGUCAUCAUAUGCAAUGCCACCGCGUGAUGGCCAUGCCGAGGAGAUCCCGAUCAAACAUGGCACCCGCGAAGCCGUCCCCCGGUAUCGCCACGCCCCGUACGGUCGACCCCAGAAGUAAACCAGUAAACUGCUUUUCUUAUAGCAAGACUAUUGCCAAUUUCCGACGACGACGACGACUGUUGGGAUUUUGGUACAAUUUGAUUGAUUGCUUGGCAAAAAAAAACUACGGCGAAUUAAGGCAGAAACAAGCAACGGGUGCCGAAAACGAAAAAAAAACUAAAAUAAACGCGAAACUGGAGAAGGAGAUUUCACAUUCAACAACUUUAACUCAACAAUUAAACGAGAAAAAAAGGAAAACAAGAUGACGGUUAAACAAACUAAACUUUUGGGUGAAAUUUGAACAUUUAAAAAUAUUGCAACAACAGCCCAGAAAUAAUAUCACAAUAACACUCCACGAGCAAAGUGGUUUUAAUAUGAAUAAGCAUUUUAAAAAGUAUCCUGAAAACAACAAAUAACAAAAAAAAAACAGUGCUCUAUACCCCAAAAAUAAAUAAACGGUGUAAUAAUUGUUGCUAUAAAAUAUUCGAGCACAAACAAUUGUCUUUAAAUCCAGCAAAAAUAUAUUCAAUAAACGUAUAAAACAAACAUUAAAUGCUAAUAAUAAAAUAUUGCUCUAUCAACAGAAAAGCUAAGUAUUAGUGGAAGCAUUUAGUUUAGUCUCACGAAAACUUAUCCGAUUUAUUACAUAAUGCAAAUCAUGAAAAAAAAUUGUGUAUUAAAAAACUUAAUUAGGUUCAUUUGAAUUAUGCUCCAAAAAUAUGAUUAACCAGUAAAAAAAGAAACAAACCAAAUUCUGUAUUUUUGUCACAGUUGAAAUGAUCCAAAUAGUGUGUACUUCUUCUAUGCAAUCUUGUCAAAAAUAAAAGAUAUAAUAAUCGGAAAAAAAUAAUAAAUAAACAAUUGAGCAAGCUGUGCAACAGACUAGCAUACAAUUUAGAUACUCGUCGGCAGAAAUAUAAACUAUAAAUCAACUGAAAUAAUAACAUUGAAUGAGAAAACAAAACAAAGAAAAAAAGUAUGAUGAUAAAUCAAAUGUGUUUAAAAUAUUUCUCAGCUAUUAAAUAAUCGCAAAGUUCUGUAAAACUAACAUGUAACAUGUAAUAAUAAUACGGAUAAAAAUAAAGUCUCCAUCUCAGAAAGAA